AUGUCGGCCGUAAACCCCGUCAACCCUAAGCCGUUCAUCCAGGAGCUCACGGGCAAGCCUGUCUACGUGAAGCUGAAGUGGGGGCUCGAGUACAAGGGCUUCCUCGUGAGCACGGAUGGGUACAUGAACCUGCAGCUCGCCAACACAGAGGAGUUCCAGGACGGCAAGUCGAACGGCGCACUGGGCGAGGUAUUCAUCCGGUGUAACAAUGUCUUGUACAUUAGGGAGGCCCCACCAGCCCCACCAGAAUGAGCUCUUCAAUAUCAGCUUGUGGCCCAUGAUACCGGACACAUAUGUGAAAAGGGCCUAUUUCUAGGUGUUGAUACUGCCGUACUACUUCUUGACUGUACUUCUAGAGCCACUGCUACACGAUCAAUGCUUUCGCUGAACGUCCAUUGCUCUCCAUACACAUUGUUGGACAAGCUGCAGUGCCAUCGUGCUGUCUCUUUCGUCAAGCUGAUUGAAUCUCCGCCGUGACGCACCAUCACCAGCGGGUUGAGACGGCCUCGCAAGCAGCCGCAGAUGGCAGGACAGCGAAUUUGGGACGGUGGAGCUCCUUGGCAUGACAUGCUGGCAACGACCCCGAGGCCACUACGGCCACCUUCAAUUGUCUUGAUCGUCCGGUGCACGAGCCGGCAUGUCCAAUCCUACACGACGGGCAGUGGCUUUGACUCUUUCCUCGGUUGUCAAGU